AUGCUUAUCAUACGUUUUGGACCGUUUUGUUCGAAAUUGAGAAACUCGUGCACUCAAAACGAGCACAAACGACACGAGGCAGAUCAGUAUCGUUAUGAGUCCGUGCCUAUUUUCGAUAUCAUCGAUCUGGAACAUGCUUCCCGACACUCGAUUGACGUGGGCGAUCGGGUGUUGGUGAGAGACGUUUGGCCUGUCCCGAUCUGUGCGAAACACACGAAUAUUUCUUGUCGCACAAUGAAACAUGCUCGCUAUAUACCGGCCUCAGUUGUCAUGGGACCGAAGCAAGAUGGAUCAGUUUCUGCCCAGUCGGGUCGCGAUCAAGGCAGUUAUUGUUUUUUGGAUAGCAUACUCUUAACUAUGUCACUUCAAGUUCCUUCAUCUUCCAUGGCCGGUGUUUUGGUGUACGAUCUGCGCAAAUUGCCGGGCAUAUACGCAAACAAUGACAUUGCAAAAUGUGCUAAUAGUUCCGAAACUAGUUUUUGGGUCAAAAUAGCAGCACCUGGUUCACGUGCGGGAUGUCAUAAGGUCACCAAGGACAAUGUGGUCUGGAUACCGACCGCGGUGUUUGAACGCAUCACUCUUGAACAAUUACUACCUCCGGAGGCGAGGGAAUGGGUUCAUCGGAAAACAUUUCUCCCGGGUGCAUAUCCGAAUCUUUCGGCUCCAGGUUAUCCAGACGAGCACGGUUUGCGCGCUCCAUAUUGGCGCAAUUUGCAGGCCUAUCAUCCCACUACUUAUUUGCAAUUCAAAGUCGGCUCAGAAACUCAAGUGAGUAAAACGAAGUACUGUUUGGAUACGGUUCAAUUAAAGAUCUGA